AUGUACGGGCUGCUGCUGGAGAACCUGUCCGAAUACGUGAAGGCCGUCUACGGAGAGGACAAGUGGGAUGACAUCCGCCGGCAGACGGGCAUAUCGUCGCCCUCGUUCAGCGUUCACGAUGACUACGACGAGAACCUGCUCAACGUGCUGGCGACGAAAGCGCAAGAGAUCCUUGGCGUGUCGGAGCGCGACUUCAUGGACCAGAUGGGGGUGUACUUUGUCAACUUUGUCAGCCAGUACGGGUACGACCGGGUGCUGUCGGUGUUGGGCCGCCACAUGCGCGAUUUCCUGAAUGGGUUGGAUAAUUUGCACGAAUACCUGAAGUUCUCGUACCCGUUGAUGCGUGCGCCAAGCUUCAUCUGUGAGAACGAAACGCGCCACGGGCUGACGCUGCAUUAUCGCACCAAACGCAAGGGUUUCGUGUACUACACAAUGGGUCAAAUCAGAGAGGUGGCGCGACAUUUCUACCAUAAGGAGAUGCAAAUUGAGCUGGUCAAGUCGGACCUGCUGGGCGAAACGAACCACUACACGUUUCAGCUGACGUUCGACAACAGGGCAUUUUCGCUGGCUACGCUGGCGAUGACGCGUGAGGAGAAGCACCUGCCCAUCAGCGCGUCGGUGCUGUUCGAGAUAUUCCCAUUCUGCAUCGUGUUCGGCUCGGAUAUGGUCGUCCGUAGCAUAGGCAACUCGUUGAUGGUAAUUCUGCCGGAUUUACUGUCGAAGAAAAUCACGGAUUGGUUCGAGCUGAGACGACCCCUGAUAGCUUUUAAAUUUCAAACGAUACUCAACCGCACAAAUAACAUCUUCGAGUUGGUAACGGUGCAAGCGGUGAAAAAGCGCCCGGAAAACCAGCGAAAAACUGAACUCCAGCUUUCCGAAGAAGAACAAGAAGAAGAGGUGGAGAAACGCUUGCGGCUAAAGGGCCAGAUGAUCUACAUGGAGAACUGGUACAUGAUCAUGUUUCUGGGUACGCCCGUGAUGCCCAAGCUAACGUCACUCAUCAGCACCGGUCUGUACAUUAACGAUCUGUCGAUGCAUGACUUCAGUCGUGAUCUGAUGCUCGCCGGUACGCAGCAAUCGGUCGAGUUGAAGCUGGCCCUAGACCAGGAACAACAAAAGUCAAAAAAGCUGGAAGAAUCGAUGCGAAAACUGGACGACGAAAUGCGCCGCACAGAUGAGCUGCUGUACCAAAUGAUACCGAAGCAGGUCGCGGAUCGGCUGCGUCGUGGCGAGAACCCGAUCGACACCUGCGAGAUGUUCAACAGCGUCUCGAUCCUGUUCUCGGACGUGGUCACCUUCACCGAGAUCUGCUCACGCAUCACGCCCAUGGAGGUAGUGUCCAUGUUGAACGCGAUGUACUCCAUCUUCGACACGCUUACUGAGCGGAAUAACGUGUACAAGGUCGAAACGAUCGGGGACGCGUACAUGGUCGUGUCGGGAGCACCCGCCAAGGAGCAGAACCACGCCGAAAAAGUCUGUGAUAUGGCCUUGGAUAUGAUCGAGGCAAUAACGGAUUUGAAGGAUCCUUCGACGGGAACUCAUCUUCGUAUACGCGUCGGUGUGCAUUCUGGCGCGGUGGUGGCCGGAAUCGUCGGUUUGAAGAUGCCCCGGUACUGUCUGUUUGGUGACUCGGUCAACACUGCCUCGCGCAUGGAGUCAACCAGCCAGGCGAUGCGAAUACACAUAUCCGAGUCCACCAAGAACCUGCUGUCCGGGAACUACCGCGUCAGCGAGCGCGGUGAGAUCGACGUCAAGGGCAAAGGUUCGAUGAAGACGUACUGGUUGGAUUAUCGCGAGAACCGACCACCACUGCAGCUGCUCGAGGAGGACGUCAAGAGUCCGUCGAUCGAGUACAUCGAGGCGAGCAAAGAUCGCCGGGUGAGCAUUCCUUCUUACAGCUUCGCUCAACCGCACAAGCAGUCUAGCGGUGGUUUAAGCUCAGCCGGAUUGGAAGAUCGCCGUGUUUACUCCCCGGUGACGUUUGAGGACGUAGCUAGACGUAGCAUAGCCAACUCACCCGUGAAACUGCACGCGUUUGGACCUCGCGGACGAGAGAACCGUUCCAACUCGACCGGGCAUGCGUUCAUGCAUAGCGUCUCGGACGUGUUCGGAUCGCUCGUCAACGAUACGGAAGAGUUUCUAGAGGAUCUGCAACACCGAAGUUCGCUCAGUAACACACUCUACUCGGCGUCAACUCCAUCACCCUGUCCAUUCAGCCCACCGCCACAGUUCCGCACCAAGUCCAAAUCGUGCUACCAGGCGCAGUUCAUGGAGAAGGACCACGACCUGCUUUCCGGGGCUAGUAACGCGCUACUACAAGACGUUCCCAAGAAACCCAAAAGCAUCCUAGCGAAGACGCAACCCGGGGACCACACAACGCCGCUCUACGAGCAAAAGGCGAAAGCACGCAAAGCGAAGCUGGACGCGGUCAAACACCAGCAAACGAAGGCACUCGAGAAGCUAGACCAGAUGGUGCAGGAGAUCUACGAUGCCGACCUGCCGGGCAUGUGUUUCGUCAACCCGCCAGCGUCACGCUCGGACGGCAACAUCUGCCAAUCGAACAGUUGCACCCUCGCUAGCAGUAGGUCCGUAGUGGACGAAAGCACCACCGACACCGUCUCAGCCUGCCACGCACUCUAUACCCUCAAUCUUUACUUUCCCGUUUCAUGUACGUCCGUGUGCUCGUGCGCGCCCGUCUCCAACUCCACCGACACCAGCCGGUCCCAGGCGGGUCCGUCGCACGGUCCUGGCGUGGUUCCGGGUCCGUCCACAAGCACCGUCGGUCCGGUUGGUCCUGCCGUUUGCGAACAGCACUCCCAUCGGCCGCCGCGGCACUGUCACGGCUGUGAACCGGCUCCGGGACCCGCGGGACCUAGUGGGAAAGUACCGCAAAGCAUGAGCUUCUCGCACCCGAAAGAGCACAAGUGCUGCCCGGCGGCAGCCUACGCUACGCACCCCCAGAACGGCCGUCACAAAGUGCACUCGAACGCCUGUCACAUCCUGUAGAUGUCCCUCUUCGCCGUUGUGCAGCGUGUCCUUUGCGUAGUUCUGCACAAAAUGCGCCACCUGUACCAUAGUAGAGCUCCCAGCCGCACUCGACGAAAAGCUUUAA